AUUGAGUCGCCGCGAAAGUUCAAAGUUUCGCCACAACUGUGCAGUCGUACUGGAAAAAUGACUAUUGGGGUUAUGGAAGAGCGUAAUCAAGACGCCACAAUAUAUGUUGGUGGAUUGGACGAAAAAGUUAACGAAUCAAUCCUUUGGGAACUUUUUCUUCAGGCGGGGCCAGUAGUCAACGUUCACAUGCCUAAAGACCGAAUAAACAUGCAGCAUCAGGGGUAGGUUUGUCAGUGAAUUUAUGCCCAGUUUUAUUGGUUUAUAUGUAACUAACAGAUUUAUGAACUGGUAAUAACAGUUGAAAAAUGACUUCUAUUCACUAGCAUUUCGUUUGCACAAAAGUGCUUAGCAUCCAUUUGAAUUGGCAUAACUGCAACCCAUUUCCAGCUACUCUUUUCAUCACACAGUAAAUGACUUAGGCUACAGUUAUUUUUAAAUAAGCAUGAAAGAAAUGUGUUUGGCUAACGUUAUUACAACAAAUAUCCUGUCUGGUUGUGGGAUCGUCUACUUUAUACCUUUUCGACCACUGCAGUUCAAUUGUUCUUUUCGAGCCUAAUAUUUUCCAUAACUGUCAUGUGUAAAACAUGGUUGUGAUUAUUCAUCCACAUCAAUGAUCAUUCUUAUAUUGUCGACUUAUAUAUGCACCAUUUCUUGAUUACAGCUAGUUACUGAGUAUGGUAACAUACUAAAGCGUUCCUAAUCCUUAUGCAUAAUUACGGAUUUGUAGAGUUUAUGACGGAAGAAGAUGCCGACUAUGCUAUGCGUAUUAUGAACAUGAUUAAAUUGUAUGGGAAGCCUAUUCGCGUAAAUAAAGCAUCAGCGAAUCAGAAAAAUCUUGAUAUAGGUGCUAAUAUUUUCAUUGGCAACUUAGAUCCUGAGGUAGAUGAAAAGCUACUGUACGAUACUUUCAGUGCAUUUGGUGUUAUACUGCAAACUCCAAAAAUUAUGCGUGACCCUGAAACAGGAAAUUCUAAAGGGUACGCAUUUAUCAAUUUUGCAAGUUUUGAAGCUAGUGAUGCAGCAAUCGAAGCGAUGAACGGACAGUAUCUUUGUAAUCGAGCCAUCACUAUCUCAUAUGCAUUCAAAAAAGACAGUAAAGGUGAACGCCAUGGCUCAGCUGCUGAACGUUUGUUAGCUGCCCAAAGUCCUCUUUCUCAAGCUGAGCGCCCACAUCAGCUGUUUGCAGAUGCUCCACCACCUCCUCCUCCUCCGCCCCCACCCGCUCUGCUUGCAGGGACUAUGGCCCAUUCAGUUCCAACUAUGACAUCUAUCACAAUACCUGCUGGAUCUCUAGUCAUGCCGCCGCCUCCACCUCCGCCAAUUCAAACCGCCUUGGUGGGAUUCGGGCAGUCUAUGGUUCAUGGUGCCAUGCCACCCCCUCCCCCGCCUCCCCCACCACCUGUUCUGCCGAUCCCUGUUGCUUCCGCCGCUCCGACAUCCUUCCCACCUCCGCCGCCGCCUCCUCCGUCUAACUUUUCUGCACCUCCACCACCACCGUUUCAAGGAUUUCCACUCCAAGCCCCAGACCAGCAGUGGCAAACGACAGGAUCUACAGCUCCUGGACCUACACAAGUUGCAUAACAAUAACAGCAUUUCUGAUGUUUCCAGUUUCCUCUAUAAAAUAUAGUGUAAAGUAUUAA